UUGAAAUUGAUCUGAAGAAGAGAAAAAGAUAAAAAGAUAAAAAGAAAAUUGGAGAGUUUUAGAGAGUGAAAAUGCAGGCUGCAAGGAAAGCAGUAGAGACCAUUAAGGAAACCGCCGCUAACAUUGGCGCCUCUGCUAAGUCUGGUUUGGAUAAGACCAAGGCCACUGUCCAUGAGAAGGCUGAGAGGAUGACUGCACAUGAUCCAACGCAGAAGGAUAUGGCAACCCAGAAGAAAGAGGAGAGGAUCAACCAUGCUGAGAUGGAGAAACAGGAGGCGCGUGAGCACAACGCAGCGGCCAAACAGUCUGCCACGGCUGGCCACAUGGCGGAGGGCCACUACACCGCCACUGGGCCCGGGACUGAGACUGCUACAUACUCCACCACUGGUGAGUAUGGACAACCAAUGGGGGCUAACCACAUGUCAGCAACUCAUGGGCAUGGGCUUGGGCAUGGAGAACUCAUGGAAGAUGUAAUGGGCUCACAUCAAGUUGGGAUGAACACAGGCAUGGGUAGGACCACGGGCCAUAAUACCCAUGUGGGUGGAACUGCCCCACGGAGUGGGCCUGAUUUCAGUUGAAUAGUUAGUUAAGUUUGAAUGUCCAUUUGUGUGUGUAGUUAAUGUUCUGUUCAGUCAUUGUUUUGUUUCAAGUUAUAGUGCUACCAGUUACAUACGUUGUUUAUCUCUCUCUCUUUUUUCUCUAAAAAAAAAAAAAAAAAUAGUCAUUUUAGGUGUGGGACCAGUGUUGUAUGCGGUAUACAUUCUGUGUACCGUGAAGUUACUAUAUACCUGUUUGUU